CAGUGCUCGCAUCCUUUCCUUGUCGCUCGCUGAAUCGCUCGUCGACGAGUGCAUCGGACCGUGACGGUGCAUCAGUCAGCGUGUCCGAGUCGAAUGGCACGUUGAUCAGUACAUCGGUGGGUGCGAUCGACGGCACGUCAGCGGGUGCCAUGAAUGGCGACACGUCGACCAGCACGGGUACGUCAGCAGGUACAGUGUCUGUACAAAACAACACGAACGGCGUGUCAGCAUGUACCACUGCGGGUAUGAACGGCAGCGCAUUCUAGCACGAAUGGCGGUUCAUCAACCAGCACGGCGAACGGUGCGUCAACGGGUACGAAUGGCGGUAUGGAUACGAAUGGCGGUACGGGUACGAAUGGCGCCGCUGUUGGCCGGGCGACGACAGGGUAGCCUGGCCGGUGCAACCACAAGCCCUUCGUGCUAUGAGCCAACCGUUGAUCAGGGCGGGCGAAACAUGGGAGGUUACCGAUGACGGGUGGGAGGACAACAUCCGGGAGGAUGAAAUGCGGGGAUCCGUGGGUGACGGGCGGGAAAGCAAUGGGUGGGACAGUGACGAGACGACGAACCGCUCGAACUUCUCUACUAGCGGCAUCCUCGGGCUCGCCCUCGCCUCCGUUUCGUCCAUCUACUUCAGUAUCGCCACUGACGAUGGCAACGCCCUCGCCGCCAACCUCUUCGGUAUGGCGUCUUCCGCCAGCGUGCCAUCCGCGCCGUUCUCCUCCCGCUCUCUUAGGCAUCCUGGCUUCGAUGACGUCUCUUCCGUUCUUAGUGUCGGCGUCCACCCUUCAAAUCUCGUGCCCGACCCGAGCAAGGUCGGGUUCAGCGACUUCGCCACAAACUCCAACUACGACCACACGGUCAAGCGAGAUCUCUGCUGCCUUCGGGAUGACAGCUGUGCCUGA